AAGACGAAUUUCAAAUUUCAGUCAAGCGUUCCUCUGCAAGUCUAUCUCUCUCUAUCACGUACACGAGCACUUUGCACUCGUUUAAUCUACUCAUAGUCAUAGAUAGUUAAAGAAUCAAAUUCCGAAACGAUGUAUGAUCCUCAGCAUUUCGUAGAUUUGCAAGAAAAUUCCAAGUUUGGGGACCCCAAAUCAUGGCUCUCCGGCGACGACAACUCUUCCCCGACUCUCCGACGAGUUCAGUCCCAACUCUCCGCCCUCACUUCCACCUCUGCUUCCACCACUGGAGCAGCCGGCAAUGUCGAUCGCGUCCUCUACGACAAUCUCGUUGAGAUGGUCCCUCUCGUCGAGUCCCUCAUCCAUCGGAAAGCCAACAGUUCAUUUACACGGCGAGGUUCGAUGAUCUACACGAAGACGCCUUCCAGAGAAUCUUUAUAUAAAAAGAUAAAUGAUCCAAAAGAGAGGUAUACAACUCAAUCUAUACCAGCAAAAAAGAAAAAGGAACAUGGAGACAAGGACCAAGGUAAGAAUGCAGGUAAUAAUCAAGAUGUUGAUAGCUUCUCAAUCUUUUCCUCGAGGGCUUUGGCUACAGAAAAGGACAUAGAAGAGCUAGUCGCAUUGAGGGAACAAGUUGAGGAUCUGCAAAGGAAAUUAUUGGAGAAAGAUGAACUUCUGAAAUCUGCUGAAAUUUCAAAGAACCAGGUGAAUGUUGUUCAUACACAACUUGAUGAACUGAAACACCAGGCUGCAGAGAAGGAUUCCUUAAUUAAGUCUACUCAACUACAACUUUCUGAUGCAAAGAUCAAGCUUGCGGACAAGCAAGCUGCCCUGGAAAAGAUACAGUGGGAAGCAAUGACUUCCAAUAGGAAAGCAGAGAAGCUCCAGGAAGAUCUAGAUUCUCUCCAAGGAGACAUUUCAUCAUUCAUGGCGUUAUUUGAAGGCUUGACAAAUAAUAAUUCCGCAACAUAUUCUGAAGAUUAUGAUGUCAGACCACGUUAUUUAGAUUAUCUUCCUGAUAUUGAUAAUUUUGAUGACAUGGAGAUGCAAAAAAUGGAAGAAGCAAGACAAGCUUACAUUGUUGCUGUUGCUGCUGCAAAGGAAAAGCAAGAUGAAGAGUCCAUUGCUGCUGCAGCCAGUGCAAGACAGCGUCUCCAGUCUUUUGUUUUUAGAUCCAAUAGUAUGAAUGCUGGUAAGGAUUUUUCCAAUGGUGGGGUUUCACGAGAUUCUUGUGGAGCAUUUCUACAGUAGAUCCAUUUUUUUUCCCAGUUUAAAGGGUUGGCUUGUUUUGUUAUUGAUAUAUAUUCCACUCAAGAUCUCCCUUAUCAUAUUAUCUGAACAUGGUUUGUUUCCAUGGGGGAGAAUGUCGUUAAUCUAUAAAGCACUUGGCAUGGUUUGUUUA